AUGACAAAGAAUAAAUAUCAUGUUACUUAUUUAGGGCAAUCAGCACUUGACAAAGUUAAUAAAGCUUGUCAAGAAAGAUCUAACAAAUCUGAAAAGGAAAUGCUUCAUUUAAAGUGGUUGCAAUUAAGUCUCUCAUUAAAUCGUCAAGUUCAAAUGAAAUAUAUAUCAGAAAACUUAGAUGCUCGUGCUGGAAAUAACAAAUUAAAAGGAAUACAAAUGAAACCUUUCUUAGCAAAAUGGAAGAAGCAAGAAUAUAGGAAAAUGUGGAAGAAUUUAACUAAUAAGCUAAGAAGAAGAGAAAACAAACAGAAAUUAGGUAUUUCUAGUGAAAAUUCAAAAGAAUUGCAAGAUAAUGCAGUAAAAUUUUUCACAGAUUCAUUAUUUGGCAAAGCACCUCAAAUUACAGAAGUAUUUACAGAUGAAAGAGUUAAAGAUCUGAAAGAAAUACAACAGGAAACUUCAGUUACUAAAGCAAGAGAUCUCAGCCUUACUGAAUCAUCUGCACCGCCUGCAAAGAAGUCAAAUGCAGUAAUUUAUACUGCUUUGGUUGCAAUUAUUAUUGUUCUUAUUGUUGCUUUUGUUUUGUUUUGGAAAUAA